GCCUUCACGAUGACCUUCCUCGCCGAGUGGGGCGAUCGAAGUCAAAUAUCGACUAUAGCGUUGGCGUCUUCCAAGAACCCUGUGGGAGUCACCAUUGGUGGUGUUCUCGGUCAUUGCAUCUGUAAGGAAGUCGGGCGCGCGCUUUUUGCAAUGA